AGUGUUAUACUUUUUCCUGAUAAUAUAUAUUUUUUGUGAAACGUUUGUGUAAAUUUUCCUUCAAAAAUGGUUAUGAAUCAAUUCGUUACAACUUAUAGAAAAGACUAUUUGUGGCCGUAUGUGAGAACAUUCGGGUCAAAGCCUUCUCCAGAGCAUCUGUACAAACCCCAAUAUCGUGAUCAGAAAUCAUGCGAUUGCAACGCAUUACCUCCACUUCAUGCUUCAAACGAACAGGUCCUGGGCCCGAGCGCUACCAAAGAAGAAGCAUGGAGUCGUUUGGGGCCCAUGGGACCUCUGCUAGACCCGAAGGUUUACCCUGCCAGGGUGGGUGCACCACCUGAGUCCCAAACCAGCCGAUUCAACCAACCGAACGUCUUUCUUCAAAAGCUUCAAGAAAAAUACCCGUUCAUUUAUGAAUGCUUAAGGAAUGCACCACCUGAUGACUUGAUAUCCAGAAUCAAUCGCGAUAGACUACGGACUACUUAUGAAGUUGAUUACUGCAGAAUGAGGGAAUACCCUGAUGCGUCCUACGACGAACUUCUCAGAACCGCCGGAGUAUCUGGGGCACCGCCAUGUCCUGAACCUGUCACUCUACCGGGUGAUCCAUGCAGACCUGGCCAGAGAAACGUCGCUUACAGACCCGCCAUAAUAAGUAAAAUGGGGUACUGCAAAAGCGCUGGAGGGGGUGGUGGAGGAGGCAGCGGUGAACUGGCAGAGCAUUGCAUUGGAACAUGUCAUGGACCUCUUGCUGCUACCACAAACGGCAUUUCAGAAUAUAUGGACAAUGUGUCCAAGCUUGGUGGUAUUAUCAUGAAAGAAAAAGUUCAUUAUCCGAAAGAACUACAAGGCCCAUGAAAAAAUAUAUAGCCAUGUCCGUAAAAUACGAUUAAAUAAUUUUCACGAAUUUCAGUUGCCUGUAAUCAGACAGAAUUUUAUAACAUUUAAAAUUAAUUUCGAGCAAUCUUACAGCAACAUAAAUGUAUCGCUUUAAACCACACACAAUAAAUUAUCAGCUUUGUCUUACAGUUA